AUGCCCUCUGAUACUUCUUCCAAUACGUCUUCUGAACCAGAAUUUUCUUACAGAAUCUCUGAUGGACUAUUUAUACGAAGGAAAUAUGAGGAAGGGAACUCUGGUUAUUUCUAUCUUAACUCUACUAUAGUGUCCUAUAAAGAUCAUUUAAAAUUUCUAACCGAAAAACAGCAGACUGAAUUUAAUGGCAAGAAUUUCUUGGAUUCAGAAAAAUUGUUCCAAGAGUACCCCAAUCAAACCUUUAUUCCGUGGUCGUGCGAAAAAUUAUUCAAAAAUCUUUUUGGAAAUACCAAUACUAUCUUUAUGGGAGGGCCUCAAAAUUUAAAAUAUGAUUAUUCACUACCCUCUGGAUAUGAACCAAUUUCUUCCGAAGAUAAUGCGAAUCAGCUCUCAAAGUACAGUAUUAUUCCUAUUCAGUACAAUAACGAACCUAAUAAAUAUUUGUACUACCAGUUAUCUGACCCAUUAGAAACUUUUAUGAACUUAAAAUAUAGUGCUGAAAGUCCAUCGGAAAUGAGGGGUUCAACAUGUUGUAACUCCCGUCGUGACAUAAUUUGGGAUAUUAAAAAGGACGACAGUCUUUCUAAAGAUGAAAUCUUGGAUAAAGCACCUCAUUGUUUCGAUGAUAUGAGAAAAAAAGCUGUAGUAAUACCAUCGAUGGAUUUAACUGUUGAACCUAGAGAUGCAAAAGCAUUUCCUCAAUCAGUGGAUAAAAGUGACAAGUUUGUCCCACCAUCUACAGAUGUAGGUAUCAUCAUGGCUUCGAACCUGCGCACACAGGUUAUGAACCGUGCAUAUGCUACCAAUAUAAUUCCCAUUAAACUAUCUGACACCCAAAACUACGAUAUUUGGUUUCAUUACUUUAUACGGGUAGUUGGUCGCACCAGUCCUAUUUGGAGAGAAUAUGUUGAGACUGGAGAUAUCAACUCUGUUAGGGUAGAAUAUGGAUUUACUGACGCUCAUAUCAAUUCGAUAAAGGAUGACUUAGAUUUUUAUCUUAUUUCGCUUAUUAUCAAUAGUGUUUCUAAAGAAAUUGGAAAAAAUAUUGAAACAAGCUUUUUUACUACUAAAACAGAUGGUCCAACCGGGCUUUUACUUUUACGUUACUUGAAAUGCAAAUAUGCUAGGAAAUGCCUUAGUUCAUACAUGCCAAUUUUUGAGCAAGUAAACUCCGCUGUGUCUAAACCUCCAGAUGAUAGGGUAUUAUGGGCGAAGAAAUUCAUUGAGACAGUUUAUAACUGUAAUGAAGAUCUUGACCUUAAAAAUGUUGUUGAGGACCCAGUUCUUAGAGCUGCUGUUAUUAAUCAUUACCAGAAAAUGCAGGAGUCUGCUGCGGCUCUAUUGCUUAUGGCCAUCACUCCAGAAUUGGAAGAGAAGUUUGGUGACUUCCACGGUUCAAGAAGUUCUGUUCCAUACCAUGAAGUAGAAAAAAUGGUAGAAAGACUGGAGAUUAGCAAAUCUUCUGAUUCAUCUACUAACACCGCUGCUUUUGUUGCUCAGAAGAAGAAAUUCUACAACAACAGCAAUAAUAAUAAUAAGAAGAAAACUGUUUGCAAAAUCUGCAAAGCUUCUCACAAUUUGGAAAAUUGUCCCGAAGUUCAAAAGUUGAUUAACAAGAACGAUUUUUCUAAAAGAAACUGUGCACUUAAUAAUAAUGGCUGA